GAGGGUGCCAUUGCCGAAGCUUUGGAAGCAGGCUACAGGCUCAUUGAUACGGCUUCCAUCUACAAGAACGAGGUGGCUGUGGGGCGGGCCUUGCGAAACUGGCCUGAGGAUUCAGGUGCCUUUGUGAGCUCCAAGUGCUCGCCUUACGAGAUGGGCUACCAGAAGGCCCAGGAGGCGUGCAUGAAGUCGCUGGAGAGACUCG